GUGAUCUUCGAAAAGGCAGAUUCUCCAGGCAGCUUUUUCCGGCGCUUUCCGAUUCACCGGAUGCUCAUCAGCUUGAACAAAAGGCACACCAGAGUCCAGAAUGCAGAGUUUCGAAUGCGGCACGAUUGGAACUCCCUGAUCGGGACAGGUGAUGCAAGGAUUUCGCCUGUGACAGCAAGAACCUCCGAGCUCUAUCCGCAUGCGGACGUCCUCGCCCAGUAUUUGGAGGACUUCGGGGAGCACCUCCGGAAGAAGAUUCAAUACAACACCAAGGUCCGCGAGAUUUCCCCGACGAGCAGCAGACACUUCGAACUGGACCUUGCGGGCCCCGCGGGUUCGGCGCGACACCGGUGUGGCCGCGUGGUGCUCGCCACAGGGCUGCAGCCCAACAGGCCGAGUAACAUCAUCGGAGAGGAGCUCCUGACCGGUUACGAGGACCUGCCGCAGACUGGCCAGGCCUUUGAGAAUCGCUCGGUGCUGGUCUGGGGCUUCGGGAAUGCAGCGCAUGAGACCAGCCGCGAGCUGCAGAAGUUCACGCAGGCGAUUACCCUGCUCCAUCGCACGCCGGCGCCCUCGCCCACGGCCCCGAGACCAUCGGCGCUACCCCGCUUCGCGUUCUUCACCCACUAUCCUGGAGACAUCCGGACUGUGACGAUGCAGAUCUACGACUCGUACCUGCUGAAGGCGCUGGAUGUGAAGCUGCCUUAUGCCGGCGAGGAGGAGGAGCCCGUGUUUUUGCGGUGUCUACAGCGCAUGCUGUGCAUCUGGGUUUCCAAGCGCAGUCGGUGUGGUGGAGCAGGUGAGGAGCGUCACAUCCUUCCUAGUCGCGUGGUUCCGGCGUCUGCUCCCCGGCAGUGCGCCGUUUCGGUGGGUCCGCUCGAGGCCGAGGAUCCCGCAGCUGCUCCGCUGCUGAUGCUCCUCGCAGCUCUAUCCCGUCGGGGCCUGGCAGUGGAGGGUCGUGACUUUGCCUGGGAGGCACCUGGCCAGGAACAUCCUGCUUUAGCUUCGCGACUUGCUGAGCUGGGCUACA